AUGGGUUCGAAGAGUGUUGCCCCCGUUGCCCUUAUGCUCUCUCUGAACCUGCUUUUGUUUUCCAUGGUGAGCUGCAACGCCCAAAUCGCCCAUCACAACAAACCGAUUAAGUGCCCGGCAGUGCAAGUUUGCGCCAACAUUUUGCAGCCACCUUAUCAACCUGACCGUAAUUGCUGUCCCCUCAUCAGUGGUCUUGUUGACCUUGAUGCCGCCGUGUGUCUCUGCGCUGUUCUCAAGCUCAACGUCGGGGGAAUAAUCACCGUUAACCUAGACCUUCUCGUCAACCUUCUAUUAAACGCCUGCGGACGCAAACAGACAACCUACACUUGCAAAUAA